ACUCGUGCGACCUUUCAGGCGGAAGCGGAAGUUCCCGGUGACUAAGGUGGCUGUGUGUGAGUAAAGAAGCGGCGCUGCCGGGAGCAGAGAUGGCCGCCUUGGCCCCAUUACCCCCACUGCCCCCGCAGUUUAAGAGCCUCCAGCAUCAUCUGAGGACGGCGCAGGAGCAUGACAAGCGGGACCCCGUGGUGGCCUACUACUGUCGUUUAUAUGCAAUGCAAACUGGAAUGAAAAUUGACAGUAAGACUCCUGAAUGCCGAAAAUUUUUAUCAAAGCUUAUGGAUCAGCUGGAAGCUCUUAAAAAACAAUUGGGUGACAACGAAGCUAUUACUCAAGAAAUAGUUGGUUGUGCCCAUGUGGAGAGUUAUGCUUUGAAAAUGUUCCUUUAUGCGGACAAUGAAGAUCGUGCUGGGAGAUUUCACAAAAACAUGAUCAAGUCCUUCUAUACUGCAAGUCUUCUGAUAGAUGUCUUAACAGUAUUUGGAGAACUCACUGAUGAAAACAUGAAACACAGAAAAUAUGCCAGAUGGAAGGCAACCUAUAUUCAUAACUGUCUAAAAAAUGGGGAAACUCCACAAGCUGGACCUGUUGGAAUGGAUGAAGAAAGUAAUGAAGAAGAUGAAGAAGCUGGGACUUCUCCUCUACCGACUCACCCACCCCAGCGGUCAUCUUCAGCCUAUGACCCAAGCAACAUGCCAUCAAGCAGCUAUACAGGAAUACACAUUCCUCCAGGUGCUCAUGCUCCAGCUAAUACACCAGCAGAAGUUCCUCAUAGCACAGGUGUAACAGGUAGUACCAUACAGCCCACAACGCAGAAUAUUCCUGUUGUUGAUCCAGCCCUUUUCAGUACUAUGUCCAUAGGGGAUGUCCGUCUAACACCAGAGGACUUUGCCAGAGCUCAGAAAUACUGCAAGUAUGCAGGCAGUGCUUUGCAAUAUGAAGAUGUCAGCACUGCUGUGCAGAAUCUACAGAAAGCCCUCAAGUUGCUAACUACAGGCAGAGAAUGAAGCCUUUGUCCAGAACAUUCAUGUAUUUUUGGCCUAAAGAACUAACACUCCAUUACUCCAUCUUCAGCCCACCAGGAAAACAAUAAUAAGAAAGAUUCCAGUUCCAUUGAACAUGACAAUAAAACCUGUGUUUAUGUAUCCGUUUCCUGCUGUAGCCUUCAUCAGCAGCCUCAGCCAGCUUUAUUUCCCACUUCAUGGAACCAGUCAUGUUUGGGUCCAGUGGGCUGAUGUUAGCAAGAUACUGAAAAUGCACAAGGAACUGUUGAAAACAGAAAUUUCAAUAAAAUCUGUUUAUAUUGGACAACUUUAGUAAUUCAAUUUACAUAUAUUAUUAAGGAAAAGAAAAGCAUCUACAGACUGUAGGCAGCCAUAAUGCUGUUUUACUGUAUUAAUCUGAAUUUGAAUUUAAAGUAUUCCAAAAAACAUUAUGGAUCAGAGAUCAUAUUUAAUUUCACCUCAUGAAUUUCUUGGUGAUAAUCAAGGAAAGAGCAUUUUGAAAACUCAGUUUAUGUUCACAUUAAAUUCUACUAGAUUAAAGACAGUAAAUUUACUUGACAGGAAAUAGAGUAAGAAGGUAAGGCCUCAAGUACAAUAAGUGCUCGGUGAAUAAUGUUUAAAUAAUGCGGGCUUCAAAACUGCUUGGUUUUAUACAUUGAUUUUUGGAGCAUAUUAGUUUGAUUUACUUUCAAUAAGCAAUUUAAUUUUAUAUUUUCCACAGAAUGAAAAGGCAUUAGUACUAAUGUCUGAGAAUUUGGCCCUUUGAAUUAAGAUACUGAACUACUACUAGUGGAGCCUGUAGAUUUUAUAACUAUGAUCUUGGAGUUUGGAACUGUUUAGUGUGUAAGCUUUAUUCUUGGGGAUUAUGGUGUCACUGUGUUAUACCUGCAUCCAUAUUAUGUAAGAAAUAAAAACAAAAAAAAGAUUCUUUUAACUAUCAUAACUUA